AUGUCAGAUGACAAUGAUAAUACCAAACCAACGGAUACAGAUGAAAUUCGUAUGAAAAUGUCCGAUACGCAGCAAAAUAUUGCUCCAUCUGCAGUUAGCAUUACAAACAAAAUUCAACGAAUUCAUAGCAUGUUCGUGUCACAAGCAGAUAAACUAAAUGAUGAACGGCUACAUAAAAUUUAUUUAUUCUUAGACUCAAAUUUAAUAAUGCUAUAUGAACAAGAAUUUAACGUUCCUGUUUCAUUAAUUGAAAAUGCAAGCCAAAAAAAAUGUUAA